AUGGAGCCUCGGCUGCUCCGUUUCCAGUCUUGGCACCCUCCCAAGCUCUUUCUUUCGGGCUGCCCCCCUUCACGCCCCUUCUCUUUUACACAUGGCUGGUCUCUGCCCUCGUCUGCCUCCCUGCCCGGUUCCAUUUGGCACACCGGCAGGGGGCAGCAUCCAGCCUCUGGGCACAAAGCUCCCCGAAGCCCGUGGCGGGAACCGGAACCGGUGGAGGAAUGUGUCCAGAGCACCCUGGCUGCCUUGUACCCCCCCUUCGAGGCCACGGCCCCCACCCUGCUGAGCCAGGUCUUUGAGGUGCUGGAGCGGACUUACCAGCACGAUGCGCUGCGCUACACCCUCGACUUCCUCGUUCCUGCCAAGCACAUUCUGGCUCGCGUCCAGAGUGAAGCCUGUGCCCAAUACAGCGGUUUCGUCUUCUGCCAUGAGGGUUGGCCGCUGUGUCUUCGGGAGAAGGUUUUAGUGCAGCUGGGCUCGCUGCCCUGGCAACGGCUCAGCCCCGGCGACUUCUACCUGCAAGUGGUGCCUCACCGGGAGUGCGCCCCACGCCUGGUGCUGAAGUGCCUGUCGCCGGAGGGCCGCGGCGUUCAGGAGCUGCCCGUGCCCCCGGACUCCUACCCCUUCCUUUUCACCGUCGAGUGGCUCAACGGCAUCAACAAGGAACGCCGAGCCGGGCGUCUGGAGCGCUGCCUGCUGGCCGACGGGGAAAAGGUGCUGAGCCUGCCCUGGCCCGAGCUGGUGUACCCCCAGUUUGUGCACAAGGACGGGUUCAUUGUGGGGCAGCGCUGCCCUGCGGAUCUGGCUCCCGAGGUGCUGGGGGCACGGAGCCCGGGGGACGGGCGCCAUUCCGGAGGGGAGAACCGGGAGUCCGAGGGGGAGUACGUCCACCUCCUGGAGGUCAGCCCCACCUUGCACCAGGGAGCCAGGAUCCCCGAGCCUUGCGGUCCUCAGAUCCAGACGAUGCCCGCCCGCAAGGGACACCACAAGAACCGCAGCCGGCGUCACCGGGCCUGGCUCCACCACAAGUCCGGGUGCGGGGAGAACUUCGCCUUGCGCAAGGCCUGCCGAAACCAAGAGGCCGAGCAGUCGAGUCAAGAGAGGAGUGGCCAAGGGGACAGAUCUGAGCCGCACAGAGGUAACCCUAUCCAGGCCUUGGACCAAACGUCAAAGCCCUCCCAGGCGGCGGAGAGCCCGGGUUCUAGGCAACCGGCGCCAAACCAGGAGCCCUCUGGGGCUGAGGCGCGGCCAGAUGUUUCUGGCGCAGCUGCUGUGGAGGAGAGCGGGCUCGAGAAAGCAGAGCCGGCGGGGUCUGUAAACCGAGACCCCACUCCUCCCAGGGAGGUCAGCAAUGAAAACCCAUCUCCCGCUUCCGUGACACCAAAACGCACCGCCAAGGGAAACCGGAGGAAAAAGAAAGGUGCCGGGAGAGGGGCGGGUGGCCGAGUCAGGCAGGGGGGUGACGCGGCUAACCAAGAAACGGGGGCUUUGACUGAUCUAAAAGACCCAGAAAAGGAAGGGAUCUGUGUUGGGACAAGAAAAGAGGAUUCUGGGAAGGGAGAACAAAGCUUUAAUGGUGGCGAACAGGUGGUCGACGCCAAAGAACGUCUUGCGGGCAUUGCGGAUUGUAAUGGCGCCAGUGAGAGAAGUGGCGUCACAGGAGAGGGAACCCCUGGCAUUGAGGAGGAGGGUGCUGGCGUUGGUGAGCUGGCCAUCGGUGCUGGAAAGUAUAGCGUUGGCAUCGGAGACCCCGAGGACAGCACAGAAAAAUGUUCCGCUGGCACAGGAGACAGCACGGUUGGUACUAGAGAAAGGAGCGUUGGCAGAGAAGGCCCAGACAACGCCAAAGACCAGACUGCUGCGGUCGAUGCUGGGGAAGCCAGCGUUGGCAUGGAAGAGCAGGACGUCACGGAACAAGAGGCUGGUACGGAAGGCCAUUGCACGGGAGAGGAGAGCCUCGAGGCUGGCGCGGGAGAAGCGCUGUUGACCAAGUUGCCAGGGGAGGAAGAGCCAAGUGUUGGGGGACAAGAGGAAGCCCCAAGGGUUGUCCCUGAACAGGCGGUGGAGGAAACACCAACCGCCUCUCUGCCUGCUACGGUUCCUCUCCAGCAGGCUGUAGACUGGGACCUCUUGCGGUCAGGUGUCUUUGCGCUAACAGGAGGAACGGACAGGGCUGGACGGCCUUUGCUGACUGUGGUACCUCAGCCUGUUCGAGACGGGCUGCCCCCAGGACAAGAAGCUCUGGUCAACACCCUGAGAUACCUGCACUCACUUCUCAGGAAAGAGCAGAAGGCCUUGGGGAUGACUGUGCUGUUGGACCUGAGCCAGGUGGAUGACUGGGCCCUCCAGGCUCCUGUGCUGUUGCCGGCCUUAAGGAUAUUCCAGGAGGGUUCCCCGCCACCUGUGAGCCAGCUGCUGGUGAUCUUACCCCCCGAUGACCGUUUUGUACCCCACGAAGAGGAAUUGGCCUUGGAACCUGCUGUGGAGGUGGUGGUUCUCUCUCUUCCCGAGCUGCCCCGUUACGUGGCCCAAGACCACCUGACUCCUGCGCUAGGUGGGACCCUGCACCAUUCACCACGCAAAUGGGUGGGGGCGCACCAGGCUCUUGAGCAACUGCAGACCCUUUGCUGUAGCGUCUUAAAAGCCGUGUGUGAAGCCAACGCUCACCUCCAGGCAGAGGGAACAAAAGGAAUUCAGGAGGAGCCGUCGGCACAAAUCGCCUCGCACCAAGAGAUGAUGCAGAAACUGUUGUCACAGCCCCAGCUCCUGGAGCUCCAGCGGCGCGGCGGGGCCUUGCUGGCACAGCUGCCUGCACUGGGGCCGCACAGCACGGAGACUGUGGCUGUCACGAAGCUCUACCAAGAGGUGGAUGAGGCCCUUCACAGUCUGGUCCAGCUCAGCAACCGGCGCCUGGAGGUGUUGCAGCAAGAGCGGGAAAACACGCAGGCUCAGAAGCAAACCGUGGAAGAAAAGACGAGUCUGCAAGCGACUGGCAACAGCACGGAAGAGAGGAGGCCAAUUGAAAGGGUGGCGGAGGGAGCAUCUCUGGAGAGGACGCUGCUGCUGAGUCCCAGGUUCCAAGGGAAGAUGCAAGCCGUGCCAGAAGCCGCCCCUGCCCCACGGCCCCGCGCCUGCAGCAUUAGCACCUCUUCCUCGCCGAAGCACGGCUGGGGUCUGAGCGGCAGGUUCGGCUCCUCCUGCAGCCUGACCUCUCUCUUCCAGCCCCACCUCAGCCCCAAGGCCUCCCCCUGUUGUUCCCCGACUCGAAGCAAUCCUACGGACAGCAGCAAGAAGAAAGGGGGUCCUCCUGCGACCUCCCACAUGCUCAUGUCUCCCGCCUCUCCCCUGGCGUUGCGGGCCUUGAGUGACCCGGGACGCCCCAGCGUGCACAUCCGUGGCCUGGAGGUCAGCAGCCGGGAACUGGCGGAUCGGAGCUGUUCCCCCCGCGAGCACGUGCUGUUGAGUCGCAGCGGGACCCACGUCGCUGAAGCUCCCUGGGGGGCCACGCCCCGCACAGAAAGAAGGCGCUGUCUUGGGGUCCAACAGCAGCUUCUGGCAGAGAUGCUGGAGUGUGAGCGGGAGUACGCGAGUGCCCUGGCCCAGCCGGUGUCCCUGGCCCAGGAACCUGGGGGGCAGGCCUUGCCCGCUGAGCUGAGGUGCCUAGGCAGCGCUCUGCGGGCCACACGGGACCAACUGGCUGCCUUCCAUAGCAGCAGCCUGCUUGGCGAGCUGGAGGGAUGCCUGAACCACCCGUCGCGUGCUGGGGGCUGCUUCCUGCGUCACGGGGAGAGGUUUCAACUCUAUGCCAUUUAUGCCAAAGAUCACCACAAGUUCCAGGCCGCCCUGGCUUCGCUUCGAACCACCAGCAAGAAGGGCCCAAUAGAACUGCGCGAGCACAGGCAAAUGACCCACGCCUUGCACGAGCCCUUGGAACAGCUGGAGCGAUAUCGGCGCUUCCUGGGUGAGCUGCUGCGCGAGUGCGACCUCGAACGGGGGCCCGACCGCCAAGCCCUGCAGGAGGCCCAGCAACUUCUGGAGGCCCAGGAGCAGCGAGGCAGGGACCUGCUGGCCGCCGAGCAGAUCCGGGGCUGCGAGAUGAAGCUGUCUGAACAAGGGCCGCUGCUGCAGCGUGGCGAGCUCACCUUGGUGUGUGGGCGCCGCAAGUGCCAGCGACAUGUCUUCCUCUUUGAGCGGCUGCUUCUCUUCACCAAGUGCAAGGGAGCGGAGGGCGGCUACGUCUGCAAACAGGCCUUACAGACGGCAUCUAUGGGGCUGACGGAGAGCGUGGGACCGAGCGGUCUACGCUUUGAGCUGUGGUUUGGACGGGGACCAGCCCGACAGGCCUACACACUGCAGGCAGCCUCUGCUGAGGUCAAGCAUCAGUGGACGAAUGUUAUAGCCCAGCUGCUGUGGAGACAAGCUGCCCAUCCGGCAAUCUCGCUGUGCAUGUCCUCCUGCCCAGCCCAGCGUUUGGCCCCUCUCGGCCUUGGCCCCGGACCCCCUUCUGGGCUAUCGUUGCCUGGACACGUUGAGGAAGAGGAAUGGGACCUGGACGUCAAGCCUAUCCCAAGGGCGGAGACCCCUGAUUCAGAAGGAGCCUCCCCGAGCCACCGAGAACCAUCUGGCCUGGCAAGAUCGUUGCCUGGGAGUAGCUCUGCCGUAGGGCACCACCAGUCGCGUUGGGUGUGGAGCCUGCAUCGAAAGCUCUUCUCCCCAGUUAGCCAUGGACGGCAGGAUUCGGUCCCCAGAGGCUCUGGGAACAGGACAGUCUGAGUCUCACAGUACCUCGGGC